CUUAUGCUUAUGCCCACUGUGAGCCGCUCUGGGCAGUUCAUUUCCUAGAACCAUGGAACGAACCAUUCAUGUUCUGUUGAGAAUUCUGGUUUUAUCCUUUUUGAUCAACUAGGCGCGGUUCAAUCCCGACUGUCCAAGCAGGAUAUACUACUUCCAUCCCAAAAACCUCUCUUAGGAACCCUGAUUCCUGUCCUCACCAGACGUGUUUGUUAAGCGGCAGUUGUGGGCCUGGCAACUGUGGGCGGAAAAAGCCAGAGCCCCGCCCCCGGAGGACUCCAACGUUUCAGGAUCUUCAUCUUUAAGAUCUGCCCCCUCAACUUUUUGAAAGGGCUGGGCGAAGAGCGCAGCUGUCACCUCCUUCUCUCCACCCGCGGGCUCUCACGUGCGUUCGAUUGCUCAAUAACAGCACUCCUUCUGGGACUUCCUGGUCGCCGCGCCCAAUCAGAGUGUUGUUUCCGUCCUGACCAUUGUCAGCCGGUGGCCAAUCGGCGCACCUCUACAACGCCCCUUAAAGGAGCCGCCAAGGCCUUCCCAGCCGGGGCGAAGCAAUUCCUCGGUUCCUGCCCCCAACUGCGGUAUGGAGUCGCCUCGGGGGCGGCCUGGGCCCGAGGCGGACCUCCUGGCUCUAGGAGAACAGCAAGCCGCGAUCUUCGGCGGCGGCCCGGGCCGAACGCCCUCUGAGCCGCCCGCAGGCCUCCGGCUGUCCGGAGAGGAAGAGGCCGAGAACGUUGAGGGCACGAGCCGCCACCCCAGGGCGUCCCCAAAGACUUCGAGCUGCAGCUUCGUCCACCGGCCGGAACGGGAGCCUCGGGAGGAUGAGCUGGGCCGGGGAGGAACCCCGUCUGGGGCAGAGAGCUGCCUGGGGGCGCCGGGUCCCGAGCAUGAUCCGCAUGGGUCCUUGCGGCUCAAGAACCCUGAGCCGCCAGAGGACAAGCCUGCGUCUGAGAGGGUCUGCCGUCGGGGGAGCCCUGGAGGCGGCGGGAUGGAUGGUGAGCAGGAGAAGGAAGACGAUGAGGGGGAGGCGGCAGCCGGCAGGACUGGCCGUUCGUUCUCCAGCCGCCUUCAGGACAGCCGCAGCCUGGACGGGCUGAGCGGGGCGUGCGGAGGCGCUGGGUCCGCAGGGGGUGCCGAGUAUGGCCCGGGCGGCGGGCGGCGCGCCACCAUCUCCAGCCCCCUGGAGCUCGAGGGCACGGUGAGCCGCCAUGGCGACCUCACCCACUUUGUCGCCAACAAUCUGCAACUGAAGAUCCGUCUGAGCGGCGCCCCUCAACCCCCGCCCCCUGCCCCUGCGCGGCCCUGUUCAGCGCCGACACCCACUCCGGCCAUCCCUCCCAUCGAUCCCGACGUGCUGCGGGACCUGGAGCGGCUGAGUCGGGAGCUGGGCGGCAGGGUGGACCGUCUGCUUCGCGGGUUAGGUGGUGCGGUUCAGGAGCUGACAGCUCUGAGUGUGGGCUGCAUCCAGACCUACCGUGAUGCCGUGGACUCCUUAGGCGAAGCUGUGGACAUGAGCAUCAAGGGCAUGUACACCCUGCUGGCGCGCUGUGAGGAGCUGGAGCGAGCUCUGCAGCCGGUUCAGGGGCUGGCACGCCAAGUCCGGGAUAUCCGACGCACUCUGGAGGUGUUGGAGGCCCUGUGCAAGUGACCAGGAGGGCAGGAGAGGCCUGGCAAGGCCAGGUAUCAGCAGGAUCUUAAGGACUCUUCAAGGAGCCUUGGUGGGAACCUGCCCACUGAGGGGAGGCCUAUGCAUUGGAAGCUUUUCCAGAUAACGUUUAGCCGGCCCGCGACCACUCGCUAGACCUUAUGCAGGUGUAUAUGGGAAGUUCUAAAGGCCCUUCUGGUGGGAGGAGGUGAUGCUCUGCUUCUAUUCAGUUGGCUAUCUGCAGCUACCUUGUUCUCCUCUCUUCCCUAGUUAGAGCACUAUCUCUGGGAAACCAGGGCUUUAGCUCUGGGUUUGGGAGACAUGACUGCCAUUAUGCGAUCAAGAAAGGAGAACGGUGGCCCAGUCCCCACUGUGGCCACCCUGACCUCCAGUGGUCACAUCUCAUGUGCCAGAGACUGUGGGAGCUUAAGUGGUCCUUGACCACACACCAUGCAGACAAGGAUGCACACUUGCAAAUGGAUAACCUCCCGCUUCUGCGCUCUGGUCUCCUACCACCCCAUUUCCCCAGCCAUAACCUGGGUGGAGCUGGAAGAAUGUAUUGCAUGGUAGAGGGGGUGACUUGGGAGUCGUCUCACUGCUCUCAGGGUUCAGUUAGAAUUGUUGCUGGUUUUGAAGCCCACCUGUUGUGGCUUUCUGAGUUUUUGUGGAAUUAAAGUGCUGCUGCUGCUAA